GCUGGGGGGGGGAGCGCGAACGUUGAAGAGAUUCCACCUCCUCUCCCUACCCCUCAUUCUUCUCUUAGGUUUAUUAUUCAAAUGAGAAAGCCUGGCUUCGAAUUUGGGUUGUUUACAUUUCUCCUUAAUUGCAGAGGUCGAGUCGUUUUAUGUGACUUUUAACGCGUGAGGAGGCAGCGAAUACGCUCUGGACAUGCUCACAGACACUCUUGUCUUUAUUAUUUAGCACAUUUUACGGUUUGGAUUUGACGUUGGAAACCGGUGGUGCGUCUUAUUUCAAAUUAUGAUAGAAAUCCUACCCAGAAUGGGGUGUUCUUUGUGAGUUACAAGGAAGUGGAAACAGAAAAGCCAGUAGCCUCAAUCUGUUUUGGUACCUAAAAUCGGAGUGAUUAGGCCUUAGGUAUAUUUCAUACGCACGUAAUCUGCUUUCACCUGAGAAAAUACUGUCCCGUUUACUGUAUUUUGAAAGGGGACUUCGGCAUCCUGAAGGAAGGGAGUUCCUCAGGCUUGGUGUUUGAGGAAAUGGAUUCUAAUCCUCAAACAUUUACAUUGAAGCACACCUAUCAGUCAUAAAAAUGGCACAAUAUCUUUCUUUGUGAUAUCCUUGCUGAAGUAGACUAACGCGUUUCUCGGAAAACAGCUUCAGGAUUUGCUUGGCCCAUUAAAACAGCCUGAAAGAAAAUGGGGAAGGGCUACAAAGUGGUAGUUUGCGGAAUGGCUUCAGUGGGGAAGACAGCCAUUUUGGAACAGGUCCUCUAUGGUAAUCAUAGGGUUGGUGCAGAAUGCUUUGCAACCAUAGAAGACGUGUAUGUGGCUUUAGUUGAGACAGAUCGAGGAGUAAAGGAACAGUUGCGUCUUUAUGACACCAAAGGGAUGCAAGGGAAAGAGGAAUUCCCCAAGCACUACUUCUCCAUUGCAGAUGGUUUUGUUCUGGUAUAUGCUGUGAACAGCCUGGAAUCCUUUGAGAUAGCUGACUCGCUCAAGAAGGAGAUUGACAAAUUUAGAGACAAAAAAGAGGGAUCCAUUGUUGUUUUAGGCAAUAAAACUGAUCUUCUGGAAGAGAGACAAGUGGAGACCGAAGCAGCACAGCAGUGGGCCAGAACUGAGAAAGUCAAACUGUGGGAAGUGAUGGCAACUGAUGGGAAGACACUGGUAGAGCCUUUAACAGUAUUAGCAAGCAAACUCUCUCAGUCUCAGAACAAAUCAGCAUUUCCUUUGCCUGGACGGAAGAUGAAAGGGAAUAAUGAUGACAGCUAAAACUGUUCUGCAAGGGUUGCUUCUUCCUGCUGGGUCACGUGUUGCCCUUUUCUGGUUCCUUUGUCACCCCAUGAAACAUUAAUAGGGUCAAAUGUCAGAGUGGGUAAAAAAUCCUUAUGCCCCCAUCUUCUGCUUUGUAUCCCUAACAGAAAUUCCUUUUGGUUUCUAAAGCAGUUGAAAAGCCAGAGAGAACAGUGUGAGGAUGGGCUUUGAAUGUUUUGGCAUAAAAGCAUUAAAAUGGUCACUGUG